UCAAAACAAGAGAAAAACUACAAGUACAUUAAAAAAAUUCUUAAUGAAAUUGUUCAAAAAAAGCUCUCUGGACUUUUUAUUGAGAAGUGGAAUGAUGGAUACAAAACACUCUAUGGAGAGUGGGACAACACAGAACAUUGUGGUCAGGAACUUUGCAAGUUAGAAGCAAGCAGAAAACGAUCCAUAAUGGAUUUUAUUCAAACACAAUUUCAAAAGGGAGACGCAAGUCUUUGGGACUGUUCUGCAUUAUUUGAUGCAAUACUCAACUCUAUUUCCAUAGGCAAGAAACUAAAAACUUGUGAAAAGGAUGUGUGGGACGCGGUCAGUGAUCUUCGUUUCGUCCGAAAUACCAUAGUGCAUAAGGAGCAAAGCACUUUAUCUGACAAUGAAUUUCAAGAUUUUGUCGGUAAAAUUGAAAAAUCAUUCGUGGUAUUAAAGUUUUCCCAAACUGAAAUGAAUGAGAUAAAAGCACAACGAAACUUGUCUAAUUCAUUUUGUGUUCUUCCUUCCAAACCAAAUCAUUUUGUUGUUGAACGUACUGAACUACGUGAUCAAAUUAUUAAUGAUCUUGAAAAGUUAAGCAAAGAUAACAACAAUGGACUGACAUAUUUCUUCAUUUCUGGUAAUCCUGGCAGUGGGAAAUCUCAACUUGCGAGAAAGGUUCUCGAAAAAAAGUAUAAAUCAUGGAAUUUUGAAGAAGGGGCUUCGUUUGUAUUUCCACUUGAUGGUAAGGAUGAGGAUUCUCUGUUAAAAACUUACCGUGAACUUUGUUACCGCUUAAACUGCGAUAAAUUGAGGAUAAAGGAAAUCAUGGAAGAAAAAGUUGCCAUCACAGACAAAGCGAAAAAUUUACAGUCAUUAGUAUGCGCUCAAAUUGAUUUUUGGGAAAAAUGGUGGAUUAUUGUAGAUAACGUUGUUCAGCUGGAUGAAAUUGAUUCCAUGCUCCCAGAAAUAGGUGAGCCCAAGUGGAUAAACGGACAAAUAAUUCUAACUGUCCAAAAUACAGAUGCUAUACCUGACAAUAUAAUGAUGUGUAAGCAUAUUUCUAUAAGCCAAGGGAUGAAUUCUGAUGAAUGUCUUCAGCUUUUAAAACAUUACAAUAAAAAUGAAAAUGUUAAAAUCGAAAUUUUGAAGGAGGUUAUCAACACAUUAGAUAGCCAACCGUUGGCUUUAGCUGCUGCUGGUUAUUACGUCAGUAGUGUAAAUAAAGCAAACAAAACUUUUUCUUGGAAUGAUUACCUGAAAGAACUGUCUUCAGGAAAACAAGAAAAAAUGAACGACACUCACACUAAAAUCAACCAUCCAUAUCCCAGGACUAUGUUUCAAGCUACUUUUCUGGCAGUUCGAGUAAACGCUAAAACCUCUCCAUUAUUGGAAAAAAUCUUUCGCUUUUUUUCAUUAGUAUCCUUCGAUCCAAUUCCUCAGGAUAUUAUAAAUCAAUAUAUUCAAAGUUUUGAUAACACAGAAGGUGACGAAGAUCAAGCUCUUGUUUUCGCUCAUUGUUCUUUGUUUUUGUACUCAGAAAGCAACGACAUUCGUCUUCAUCGUGUCGUUCACGAUGCAAUCAUUGAUUACACAUGGCAGCAUUCUCAUGUAGAAAAAAUAAUGGAGCUUGGACAUAAUACGUCUUUUUCUCAAAAUUCAUUAUGUCAAGUUGUUCAAGCUCUUUACAAUUUCAAAGGCAGAGAUGAUCAAAUCAAGUUGAUACCACAUCUCAACUUAUUUCUGGAACACUUACAAACCUACAAAUUCAAAUUAGAAACAAACAAUUUAAAAUUUCUCAAUUAUUUUCUUAGUAUGUUGAGAUUUUUUGGAAAACACUAUAUUACCCUUAAAUACUUGGAGAAAUUUGAAGAAGAGGCGUUUGAGUUCAAUUCUGAUGUCAAAGCUUGGUGUUUUACUGAGCUUGGAUAUUCAUACGAUAGCACUGGACAGUUUUGCAAAGCGGAAAUUUUCUUCAAAAAAGCUUUAGAAAGUCGCAAGGAAAUUUUUGGCGAAAUUCAUGCUGAUGUUGCUUCGUCAUUAAAUGAUCUUGGUUUGCUGUAUCGAAGGACUGGAAGUUAUAAAAACGCAAAAAAAGUCCAUGAGAAAGCUUUAGAAAUUCGAAAACAAUUGUUUGAUCCAGAUCAUGUUGAUAUUGCCACUUCUUUAAUGAAUCUUGGACGGGUGUAUGAUAGAACUGGAGAGUACGACAAAGCGAAAGAAGUUCAACGAAAAGCUGUUGAAAUUCGUGAAAAAUUAUUACCCCAAGAUCAAGCUGAUUUAGCCGAUGCCUUAAACCAUCUUGGUUUGAUUUAUGACAAAACUGGAGAGUAUGAGAAAGCAAAAGAAGUUCAUACAAAGUCUGCAGAUAUCAGGGAAAAAGUAUUAGGACCAGAUCAUCCUGAUGUAGCUACGUCAUUAAGCAAUCUUGGUUUGAUAUAUGACAAAAUUGGAGAUUAUCUCAAAGCUGAAGAAGUUCAUACUAAAGCCAUAAAGAUUCAAGAACAUUAUUUUGGUAUUGAUCAUCCUGAGGUAGCCAUGUCUUUAAACAAUCUUGGUUUCAUAUACGACAAAACUGGAAAAUAUGACAAAGCAAAAGAAGUUCAUAAAAGAGCUCUGAAAAUUCGAGAAGAGUCUUUGAGCCCAAAUCACGUUGAUGUAGCUUGGUCAUUAAGCAGUCUUGGUUUCGUAUAUGAAAAAACAGGAGAAUACGAUAAAGGCAUUGAAGCUCAGCAAAGGUCUGUUGAAAUUCGCAAAAAAGCGUUAGGUCCAGACCAUCCUGAUGUGGCUACGUCUUUAAAUGGUCUUGGUUGGGUGUAUGAAAAAGCUGGAGAGUACCACAAAGCUGAAGAAGCGCACAAAACAGCUCUAAAAAUUCGAAAAAAAUUAUUAGGUACAUAUAAUCCUGAUGUGGCUACUUCUUUGAAUAGUCUUGGUUGGGUGUAUGAAAAAACCGGAAAUAUGACAAAGCAAAAAAAGUUUUGAAAAAAGCUCUGACAAUUAGAAAAAAGACUUUGGGUUCAGAUCAUGCUGAUGUAGCAACGUCUUUAAACAGUCUUGGUUUGGUGUAUGAAAAGACUGGCAAGUAUAAAAAAGCUAAUCAACAUUUGAAAAACGCUUUGGAAAUUAGGAAAAAAGUGUUGAAUCCAAAUCAUGCUGAUGUUGCCACGUCUUUAUACAGUCUUGGUUUGGUAUGUGAAAAAAAGAGAGAAUUUAAAAAAGCUGUGGAAUUUCAUGAAAAAGCUCUGGAAAUUAGAAAAACAAUAUUAA